AUGGUUCUUUCUCUCUCUCUCCUUGUCGCGGUAUCCGCAGCGCUCUUCUCUCCGGGCCUGGCUGCCGGGGUCUCCACUGAGCUUCAGAGUGUUCUAAAGAAUACACAUGGCAGCAAUGAAUAUGGAUACCCGACCGACUUUACCCGGGGUAUUCUGCCAAUUCCAGUCCAUUCCCACAAUGAUUAUUGGAGAGAUAUCCCUUUCUACACUGGUCUCUCGAAGGGGUGUACGUCAACGGAAGCCGACGUAUGGCUAUACAACGGUACACUUUAUGUCGGGCAUGACGAAUCGUCCUUGACUGAAGAGCGAACCUUUGAGUCACUCUACGUCAACCCGAUGUUAGACGUGCUGAAGCGUCAAAACCCCAAGUCUCGAUUUGUGACUUCGCCCACGAAGAACGGUGUUUUCGACACGACUACUUCGCAAACCCUUUACUUCUUUGUCGAUGUGAAAACAUCAGGACCCGAAACAUUCAAAGCUGUUAUUGCAGCCUUGGAACCACUCCGUCGAGAGGGCUACCUCACCACUCUCAAAGACAACAAGACGGUGACCAGUGGGCCUAUCACCGUCAUCGGAACAGGCAAUACGCCUCUCGAUAUGGUCGGGCCAGUCGCUGAUCGGGACUACUUCUUCGAUGCUCAUCUAGAUUCACUAGAGGAGAAUCCUGAAAUGACUUCCCUGAUUGCUCCUAUCGCAUCAACUAGCUUCCAGGAGGCCAUCGGCUCUCUCACUUCCCAACAGAUCCCGAUGUCCAAGGUCGAUGUUGAUCUGGGGGAUCUCUUGGCUAAGGAGCUCCCCACCGGUGUCAAGGUCACCAUUCGCCAUAUUUCGUCAGCUCCAACGCCAUGUACCGCGCUCUUUGCGCCUCCUCCAGGGGAAGAGCCUGAAUCAACAUUCUGUGAGAAUCACUUUCUCUCGGCCUCUGUGGAUUCCGAUGACCAGGAUGGGUCCGAAAUUAUCGUCUUUGGAAUCGAAGUGCUGGUCUACAGCACGGCGCAUUUGACGACCGUCUUUGUCUCCAAGGCCGACUCUACCGGGUUUCUACACUUAAUGAAAAAUGCGCCCAAAGUUUCGCUUAUCAGGCGCAUCUCUAAUGGCUUUCUGUCUUUUCUGGUGCAGACACAUCAACGCCCGGGUGUCCGACUGGUUGUGUCAUUGUUCGCACGGGCUCAAAACCAGUAUCUGUUCCCGGGUAGCAUUGAAAACCCGGGAAAGCAUGUCCUAGACGAUCGGGGGCUGAUCAAAUGGUGGUGUCGCGUCGUCGAUCCUAUCUUGCGCGAAUAUGAGCCGGAAUCAGGAUCUCACGAGAAGGGCUUACUCGACCGGGCGAUGGAGUCGGCCAAGAGCUCCGCAACAGCAUUCUUGAUUGUCCCGGGGUGCGAUAGAUUUGAGACUCGGGGGUUCUUUCCCAGCUCGGCAAAAUCCGAUGAUAAAGAACGCUCCAGGUGGCUGAACAGCUAUCCGCUUCACCAACUGUGCGACAACAUCAACGCGCCUCCGCGCUGCUUGAUUCCUCGCUUUCCGGAUGAUCCGAAGACGCGCUUCCUCAUUGACCUCGAUGAUGAGCUCCCACCACAGUCGGAGGGGGGCCACUCCAACGAAAGCGCCGGUCAGUGGAAGAGUGUCAAGUCACUAGAUCAAUUCUGGGAGAUGAUGUCUUUCCGACAAGAAUGCUCCUCAGGACGACUGGUUGGGUUCUUGUGGCUUGUUAUCAACCCUCCGGGGCUUGUCAAUUCGGUUCAAAUGACGAGCUCCAGGCCUGUUCUUAAAGAGAAAACGGAGGGUGCCUCGACAACGGCCGUCCCUGCAUCUGACAAGCGGGACUUAAACCCCCCAGGGGCGGAAAUUUCGACAUCCACUACUUCCCAAACUUCAGACCCUGCGAAAGAUUCUACGACGGGACCAGGCGGUCAUCUACAUGGAUUUUCCUCCGAGGCUCAUCCCAAGGCCCAGCAGAACACGGACCUGAACGCCUUCUAUUGGCCAGAAGCAGGGCGGGGACAUGCCGUCAUGAGUGAAGAAGAUUACAAAGCGGCGGUCAAUUUCCUUCUCGAGCAGGAUUUCUACAACCAAGAGGUCUCUAUUGCCAGCACUAAGGCAUGGAGCGAGAAAGUCGCAUCCAUCGUGGACCAGCUCUGGGUCGGCCAGCAAGUCACAGGAAGAAAUACAACUGGAGAAUCCGCCGAUAAACCCCUUGCGACAGCAAAUAUAAUCGAUACCGGAUUUGUUCGCAAACGGAAGAAUGAUGAUGGGUUAAGUGGCACAGCAGUAGCCAAUGAAGGACACGAAGACAAUGAUACAAGCUCAGGGACCGUGACGGCAGAAGCCAGUGCAACUAAGAGCAAGGUACCGUCUGGAGUCAAUAUGCUUCAAGCAAACUUGAUCCGGAAGAAAAAGAAGGCUUAG